AUGUACUAUCCCUUUGGACCGUCCUCAGAGGAUGACGACAGUAGCAGCAGUAGCAGCAGCAGCAGUGGCAGCUUUAAAGGCUUGGGAAGAAGGCUCAUGUCUGAUCAAAACAUAUCUUCAGCAAACUCUGAACUGUUGAACAAGAUAUUGUCAAGCGAGAGUCAUUCGGAUGAUAUAGAUGGAGAGGAGGAGGAUGAGCAAGAGCAGGAACAGACAGCAAUGGAGUGCGACGCUCAGAAGGGCAUGUGUGUAGAGUGUUCCGAUCAAGUUGCCACCAUACGUUGCGAUCAAUGUCGUGAUGAGCUGUGUCAAGUCUGUGGAUAUUCAUUGCAUCGCAGAGGCAAGCGCAGAGAACAUACAUAUGUCAACAUAGUUAUAAGUGGAGGACUACAUGGUCGCCUAGAUUUCGACUCUACAUCAAUGUUGUUGUCACCAAAGAGUGAUAUUGAUAAGUUGUUGAAUGGAGUUUCACCUUCAAAGAGUCUACCAUUCCGCGACUUGAUCAGUAGUAUCCUUUCACAGAACAAUGCCAACUAUAACAAGAACAAGAAUAGCAAUAACAAUAGUAACAACAGCAAUAGUCUAGUUAGAAGUAACAAACUACAGAAACAGGAACAGAUCGAUGAGGAUGACGAGGACGAUGCAGAGGAGGAUGGUAUGAAGUAUGGUCAUCACACUGGCUACAAGCAGUUGGCAAAGAACUGGUUCACAGAGCGUUCCAAGUACAUCCCAGUGCGAUUGACCUUUAACGAGAGGAGGUAUCUGAGAUUGCUCGAGUCUGUACUCCACGUGUCAGAGUACACCGACAAAGUGGACAUUGAAGGCUUGUCCAGGCCCAAACGUAUCGCCACCCAACUCCUCCAGAUCUGUUCAAUCCUUUGUGGACUAUCAAUAUCAGAGGAUAGAGCAGUUGGAAAGGAGUUGUUGGAGAACAAGGACUUUGGACGCGAACAGGAGUUCUUCCAAGACAUCUUUGAGAUUGGUAGACGACACAAGAUCAUGAAUCCAGAGAAGAUGAGAUCAGAGUAUGGCAAGAUGAUCCAUUUGUUGCAGGACUCGACUAGGGAGGAGAUCAAGGAGGCACUGGGACUCAACCUGAUCAGACCGCUAAAGACUGUGCACUCCACAUUGGCCGAGCACAACUCUCUCAAGUUGCUGGAGGACCCGCUGCUGGCGGACGCCACUCGCGAGAUUUUGCCCGAGGGCAAGGAGCGCUACAAGGUCGAGAGCGAGAUCAAGCAGAAGGAGCGCGCCAUCAAGAUGCUGCUAAGCAAGUAUUCGCGCGGCAACAAGGAUAUCCUGGAGCAGUGCAUAUAUUCCAUUGGCGACAAUCAUACAUACUUGCGCGAGAACAGAGACUCGGUCAGGAAGAUGAUCCGACUGCUGAAGAAGUUCUUUGACCCGAACGUCGAGGAGAAGCAGUACUCGCUGCAGAUCACGCCGGGCCAGGCGGGCGCGCGUCUCAACCACACACACAAGAAGCAGUUCUACUAUGUAUACCAGUCGCUGACCCUCUGGAAGAAGAUCCUGCACGACAUGUUCAAGCUGUGGUACAUGUCCGAGAACGAUCUGCUCGGCGGCAUCCCCUACAAGCUCACGCAGACGGGCCAGGGUCUGAACCGUGUGCAGCCCGCGCCAAGAAUCUCCACCGAGAUGGGACACAUCCUGCACUCGUCGCAGGCCAAGGUUGGCGACGCGUGGGUCGGCUCAUCAGUAGUUCACCUGGGCGACAACAAUGUACCAAACGCUCUCUCCUUCAUCGACAAAUACACACAGAUCUCGCGAAUCCUCAAUCCGAUCGUCAUCACCAUCAACUACAUCUUCAAGGUCAACAACAAGCGCAUCAUAGCCUAUAUCGAAGAGGCCUUUGGUGGUCCAGACAAUCUGACAAAGCUCAUCUUGUCAGACUUUUUCAAGCAUGCCUUUGAUGGCAGUGGUGCAGACAACUUCUUUGAUGCAGGCUCGUGUAUUGAUGGCAGAUUGACAUCGGCGUGGAACUGGUGUUCAAAGAUCCAGGAGAAGCGAUUCCAUUCAAUCUUCCUACUCGCUGGAUUCUCUGGCUUUGAUGGCAACUUCAAUUAA